GUCACAACCAUCUAACGCGUCAACAUGGUGUACUAUUUCUCGUCAAGUACCGUGUCUCCAGCAGCCUUCAUAUACGUCGGCAAAGACAAGGUCGAAAAUGAAGAGCUCAUCAAGUACGGCUGGGACGAAGAUGUCUGGUUCCACGUGGACAACCUGUCUUCCGCCCACGUCUACGUCCGUCUGCCAGAGGGCGAGGACUGGGAAAAAAUUACCAACGACUUACUCGUCGACUGUGCGCAACUGACCAAGGCGAACAGUAUCGAGGGCAACAAGAAGGACAACAUUACCAUUGUGUAUACGCCUUGGAGUAAUUUGAAGAAGGAUGGGAGUAUGGCUGUGGGGCAGGUUGGCUUCAAGGAUCAGCGCAAGGUCAAGCGCAUACAUAUCGAGAAGAGGGAGAAUGCCAUUGUCAAUCGUCUGAACAAGACAAAGGUUGAGAGGUUUCCUGAUCUGUGUGAGGAGCGGGAGGCGAGGCGCGCAGAGCUGAGGAAGCGCGAGCAGGGUGCAAUGCAGGCAAAGAGGAAAGAGGAAGCACGCAUUGCCAAAGAGCGCAAGGAGCUCGCAUGGCGCAGAGACCACGCCUAUGACGAUGUCAUGACGGAGGAGAAUUUGGAGGAGAACAGCAACCAGAACCGCGACGAGAACUUCCUCGACGACUUCAUGUGAGCUGCGUCGUCUAGCGCGCGGCAAACCGGCGCUCUGCAAUGAUUUCGAGUAAACUCAACUAGGAUCGCGAACUGUCGUCGCUGGCAGACAUAGCCCCAUACUCUCAUUCAGCAUGCGGAUGUUGUGGUUGAAGGUGUCGUAUGCAGUCGUCUUGAUCUCGAGCUCCUCGUGGGUCCUGACCAGUCAGCCUUCUGAGGGGCUAGGCUUUGCGCGGGGCAGGAUACAUACUGAGCCUUCGUCUUGUGUUUUGCGCGGCCGCCGUUACUCUGCACCCACCAU